AUGAUCACUAAUCAGCCAACAAAAUGUGUUCAAGAAACAAUCUGGAGAAUUGGAUGCAGCUGUCAAAGCCAGCCUAGAAAUAUCUGCUUUAAUAGCCAAGAAUGGGAAACCUUUCACAAUGGCCAUAUGAUAAAAAAGUGUCUUAUCAUCGCAAGUGAGAAGAUGUGUCCUGAGAAGACAAAGUGUUUUCAAAUAAUCAGUCUUAACCGCAUGAUGAUACAACUGAGAAUCUCGAAAACUGCAUCAGACAUUUCUGGCCAACUUAAUAUUUUAGUUGCAAACUGUGCUUAUUUUUCUUUGGCUGUGAACGAAUCCACUGACAUAUCAUCAACAGCACAAGUGAUUGUGUUUAUUAGAAGUGUUUCACUAGAUUUUAUUGUGAAUGAAGAAUUUCUUGGCAUGGCAUCACUUUCCGGACAUACAACUGGUGCUGACUUACUUACUGGUUUAUUGAGCAUUUGCAACAAAUCAGCACUGGACUUUGACAAGCUAUCCAGCAUUGCCACUGAUGGAGCACCAUCUAUGGUUGGAUGUGAGAAUGGCAUGGUCACCUUGCUGAAAAACCACCUUGGGGACAGGCAAAAGGAGUUAGUCCAGUAUCAUUGCAUAAUUCACCAACAGCAACUUUGUGCAAAGAAGCUGGGAUUUGAACGUCUGCUGAAAGAUGUCUAUGAUACUGUGAACUUAAUCCGCCGUCAUGGACUCAACCAUCGACUCUUCACAUCAUUUCUUGAAGAAAUAGAUGCUGAUUAUGCUGACCUGCCCACGUAUACUGAAGUUCGUUGGCUGAGCAAGGCAACAGUCCUCAAGAGAUUUGUGGAGCUAUUGGGGCCUAUUAUCACUUUCCUCAAAGAACGGGGGAACACUACAAGGAAUUUGGAGGGACAAAGAUGGCAGUGUGAUUUAGCUUUCCUUGCUGACAUUACUGCUUAUCUAAACGACCUUAAUUUGAGAUUGCAGGGAAAGAUGCAACUUGUUUCUCAGUUGACAAGUAACAUCAAUGCAUUUAUGACCAAACUAUCACUUUUCAAGUCCCACAUGCAAUCAGAGAACUUUACACACUUUCCACAUUGCAAGGCCAUGAAAGAGAAAUACCCACAUAUGAAGAUGGAUUACUCUGACCAAGUUAACACCCUCCUUACAUCAUUCAAUGAGAGGUUAAUCAACAAGAAUUUGGAAAAUCUGCUGGUUGUUUCAACAUCUGUCAUUACACCAGACAUCAAGAAGAUUGCUGCCAGCAUCCAAUCUCAGCCAUUGCAUUAA